AUGCUGCAGAAGAAAGGAACAUGUUUUUGGAUGUCAUGGCAUAUGUGCCGGCGCUCCAGGACAAUCUGUUUGUUGUUGGCUUUUGUAACCGUUUUCUUCCAUCUCCUCCUGACCCUUGUCUCUGUUUCCAUUCACCACCUGCCCUGUGACGCCCCACUGCCACCCAGGACCCACGUCCUUAGAGACUUGGCACACGCCAACACAUCGAUGGGAACCAGAGGAAAUUCGGAGCCUCCAGCUGACAGCCAAACAGAUACGUCCAAUAAAGAUGGCACAAAACACCCAAAUGGUAACGCAUUUCCUGGCAAACUCUAUGUGAAAGGAAGUAAAAGCAUCCAACCCAUGCAACUGAGAGCAGGCCACAAUGGAAAUGAAUCUGAGGAGACUGAUUUGCUAAAACUGAAGGCGCUGUUUGACCAUCCACUUUACAACGUUCCCAGGCCAGCUGUCCCUGAGGACGACUGGCUUCUCAAAGUCAAACCAAAGGUCAAGAGAAGUGAGCGGACCUCCCAGAUGUGGGAGAGUGACACUCUGGAAGAAUCUGGGGACGUCCAGUGGAACAGAAGCAGUGACAGCCAUCCUCCAUGGUUGCGCUUCCAUCUGGGGAUUUCACGCUGGGAGCUCUACCCCCAUCAUGACCCCAACAUGGAGCUGUUGAUUCAGCAGCUCGCUGCCCACCAGAUCGUCAGUGCAGUGCAGAAGUCUGGGGGGACCCAGUUGAAGCUGGUGAUGUCAUUUCCCAACUAUGGACAAGCCUUAUUCAAACCCAAGAAGCAGGAGAGGGACGAGGAGACCAACUACAACCUCUAUUACUUCUCUGACUUCGAGAGACACAAUGCAGAAAUUGCAGCUUUCCACCUGGACAGGAUUUUAGGAUACAGGAGGAUCCCUCCUGUGGUCGGCAGACUUGUGGAUGUUGUGAAGGAGAUUAAAGAUGUCACUACAGACCGCAAGUUGGCCAAAACCUUCUUUAAUUCCCCCGUGGGCAAUGUGUGCUUCUAUGGACAGUGUUCCUAUUACUGUUCCACUGAGCACGCCAUUUGCGGCCAACCCAGGGACCUGGAGGCCCCCUUGGCUGUUAUGCUGCCGGAUCUGUCUAUGGCCACCCGCAGGACCUGGAGAUCCCCGUGGAGACGUUCAUACAGCCGAAGCAAGUUGGCAAAAUGGGAGACGGAUCCUGAUUACUGUGCAAGUGUCAAAAAGACCGCACCAUAUGACAAGGGCACGAGGCUGGUGGACUUCAUGGAUAUGGUUAUACUGGACUUCUUGAUGAGUAACAUGGACAGGCAUCAUUAUGAAACCUUUGAAAAGUUUGGAAACGGUACUUUUCUACUCCACCUUGACAACGGGAGGGCAUUUGGGCGUCACUCUAAAGAUGAACCUUCUAUUUUAGCACCACUUGAACAGUGCUGCAGAAUUCGUCGUUCCACCUGGCUGCGUCUUCAGCUCCUCUCUUUGCCUCAGUAUCAUAUCAGUGAUGUCAUGAGAGCCUCGUUGUCCCAGGAUCUCCUUCACAAGGUGGCUCCUCUGCUGUCCGAGCCUCACCUGGCUGCUCUCAGCAGGCGUUUGAAAAUUGUACUGGAGACUGUUGUCCGUUGUCAAGAGCGACAGGAAAAGGAUGGCGGUGGUGAGGACGUCAUCUAUGAUGACCUUGAUAAUUUGAAGCAGAGCACAGAACAGUGA